UCCGGUCGCAAAGACUGAAUGGUGACCCGGUAGCACUAACUCCUUCCUUUCCUGUUUCAGCCUCACACCGAGACGUACAUAGAACAAUGGCACCGCGUAAGGGUAAGGAGAAGAAGGAGGAGCAGGUCAUCAGCCUGGGUCCUCAGGUCGCUGAAGGCGAGAAUGUUUUCGGUGUUUGCCACAUCUUCGCAUCCUUCAACGAUACCUUCGUGCACGUGACUGACCUCUCUGGCAAGGAAACAAUCUGCCGUGUGACUGGUGGCAUGAAGGUCAAGGCUGACAGAGAUGAGUCUUCUCCAUACGCUGCUAUGCUUGCUGCCCAGGAUGUUGCUCAGAGGUGCAAGGAGCUUGGUAUCACUGCUCUGCACAUCAAGUUGAGGGCCACUGGCGGAAACAGAACCAAGACUCCUGGACCUGGUGCACAGUCAGCUCUGAGAGCCCUGGCCCGUUCAGGCAUGAAAAUUGGACGUAUCGAGGAUGUCACCCCUAUUCCAUCAGACAGUACUCGGAGAAAGGGAGGUCGUCGUGGACGUCGUCUGUAAAUGAUCUGGGUUUUUCACUCAAUAAAAAGUCGAAUAACA